UAGGGCCAGUCAGUACAGCUAGAUCAGAAAGGUGACUACCAACUCCCAUCUCUUUAAAAACCAGAGUUUUGUUCAUCAUUACACAGAGAAGGGUCCUAGAGAAACUAAAGUCAUAAGAAGGGUCUGAUGCUCUUAGCUACCACAAAAUCUUAACUCGGCAUAUCAUUGACAUUUUCUGUGCUAAUGGAUAGCAACAGAGGUAGCCAGGGAAAGAAUUCCAAAACCAGUGAUGGCUGUGAAACAAAAGGAGUUAAUAGCACUGCACAGAAUUUUGCUCCUUUCACAGAAGAAGAGGAAGAUCUUGUUUUCAGAAUUCACAGGCUUGUCGGGAACAGAUGGGAGCUUAUAGCUGGAAGAAUUCCUGGAAGGACCGCAAAAGAAGUAGAGAUGUUCUGGGCAAGAAAGCAACAGGAUACAUGAGGGGAAAAAAAAGAUGCAUGCCCUAAAAGUAGCUUAUAAUAAUUUAUAAGGAAACUUUCUCAUGGAAAAUUUCCCAAGGGUGUAGCCAGAACAAAUUGUAUUGCCCCAAGUUUACAUAUCGAAGCCUUAUGCCUGAUGUAAAAGGGAGAAAAACUGAAUGAAAAAUUAUUAAUGUGUUUAUUCCAUGA